AUGAUGAAUGCACGAAAUAUUGAAUUAGCUGGAUCUCAGUACCCCUUCAAUACACGUUAUGUGCGGAUGGUUGUUGCUUCAGAUCAAGUUCCUUGGGAGCUCAACGUGCUCGCUAGUGCUGCUCACUGGAUUCUACUUGCUGGUUAUCUAGUUAUACCUGGCACUUUCACAUCUCUGUCCAAGUCUAGCACAGUACAAAGUGAACUCGGUACUACGGAUGCUGGAGAGGCACUGCUAAAGACGGUCCAAAAUCCGCCCAUUCUUGUUAUUGGGUGUAUCUUCUUCGUGAUUGGAACAGGCAUCUCGCUGCUGUUAUAUCGGAUAAACCGAGAGAACUAUAUCUGGCUGAUUAACCGUUUAUUCUUACCCACGUUAUUGAAUGCAUCGGCCGGUCUUCUUACAACGUUGAUAAGCAUUUACACUGGUCACAGUGGGAGCUGGUCAGUAGUGGCACUUUUGGCAGCUUUGGCCUCUGGCCUUUCUGCCUUACUUUCUCUCAUAGCACUUGGCAUGUAUUAUAAGAAACUACUCGAUGUGAAAAGCGAGCAUCGGGAUAUAGUGAGAGCAGGUAGUGACUUCAUCUAA